AUGCCGCUCGAGGCAACACUCAUGAUCAUCGACAACUCCGAGUACAUGCGCAACGGCGACUACCAGCCCUCGCGCUUCGACUCCCAGGCAGAUGCGGUCAACACCAUCUUCCAGACCAAGAUCGACUCCAACCCGGAGAACACGGUCGGCAUCAUGACCAUGGCGGGCAAGGGCCCAGAGGUCCUCGUAACACACAGCAAAGACAUCGGCCAGAUCCUGCAAGCACUCCACUCCACGUCCGACAAGAUUGGCGGCACCGCGGACAUCCCCACCGCGAUUGCCGUCGCGCAGCUCGCACUCAAGCACAGACAGAACAAGAACCUCCGGCAACGCAUCGUCGUCUUCGUCGGCUCGCCGCUCGAGGGCCAGGGCGCCGACGAGAAGGCCAUGAUCCGGCUCGCGAAGAAGCUCAAGAAGAACAACGUCGCAGUCGACUUCAUCGCCUUCGGCGACGGCAUCGAGGACGGCGAGCGGAGCGUGCUCAAGUCAUUCGUCGAGAAUGCAUCAAGUGGUGACAACUCCCAUCUCAUAACCGUACCACCCGGCCCCCAUCUUCUCUCUGACAUCGUCCUGACGUCGGCAAUAUUGGCUGGCGACCGGGGUAUCCCAGAAGAAGCCAUGGGCGACGCGGCGGGCCCCGCCGCCGGCGCGAACUUCGAGUUCGGCGUCGACCCAAGUCUGGACCCCGAGUUGGCGAUGGCACUGCGCAUGUCACUGGAGGAGGAGCAAGCACGACAGGCCGCAGCCACGCAGGCGGAUGGCUCUGUGCCGGGUCCGUCAGCACCCCCUGCGGCGCCUGCACAAGCAGCACCGCCCGCACCCGCGCCGGCCGCGCCUGCUGCUGCAUCGGUACCCGCGGACCCGACAGAUGACGAGGAGGAGGCGAUGCUCCAGCAGGCGCUGGCGAUGUCGGAGAGGACGGACGUCGAGAUGGCGGGCGGGGACGAGGAGAUAUCGGAAGAGGACGAGAUCGCGAGGGCGAUUGCGAUGAGCAUGCAGCAGGAGGAGAACAAGGAUAAGGACAAGAAAUGA